CAUGUGAUCGUUCGACUGUGUGGUCCAGGAUCGUGUGGUCAUGUCGAGCAAAUACCCGAUAGUGGUGCAGGGCGAGGCAUCAGAGACGGACUCGGAUGAGGAGGUCUACAUCACCUCCCUGCCCGCUCCCCAGACCUCCAUCGUGGGGGCCAAGGUUGCAGGCGAAGCUUCUGAAACUGACAGUGAGGAUGACGCAGAGGAUGCAGAUCCAGGUUCUGCACGGACGUAUGAAAAGACACAGGUUCUCAGACGAGAUCUACCUGCACUUAUUGUCGUGAGAGAUCACCCUGAUAUACAGUCAAUAGUGGAGGACAGACCGAGCCCCACACAUAAACCUUUUGGGGAUACUUUAUUACAGCAGAAGUUGCAGGAGUCCAACAGCCGGCUGUAUUCGGACGUGGGCCAGAUGCUGCGACAUGUUUAUGGCAGUGCCAGCAAGGAGGUGCGCAGUGCCACAGUGCAGCUCACGGCCUCACAGAGCGCCGUCAUCAGUGCUUCCCACAGCAUCCGACUGAUCUUGGACGACCUGAAAGCCAUGUCUGAGAAGAUUGACAUCAUCACCAGCUGUCAGAUACUGCCCGACAUCAAGUUCAACCAUUCCGACGAUGACGCCGCUCCUUUACCUGAAAGAAAUGAAUACCAGUAGGUGACAUGCGAGCAGAAUGUUGGAUUCUUGGGAGGUUAAAAACUGUUUACAAAGUGUGCAUGUUUAGUAAAAAACUAAAUAGCUUCACUUGGUUUACUUGUCUUGUUUGUAAAAGACUAGUAUUUAUUUACCCCUCUGAUUUGAUCUAGUGCAGGGGUCACCAACCUUUUUGAAACCAAGGGCUACUUCUUGGGUACUGAUUAAUGCGAAGGGCUACCAGUUUGAUAACCACUUAAAUAAAUUGCCAGAAGUAGCCAAUUUGCUCAAUUUACCUUUAACUCUGUUAUUAUUAAUAAUUAAUGAUAUUUAUCUUUGUGGAAACACUGAUCAUCUUAAUGAUUUCUCACAAUAAAUAUAUAUAGAAACAGAUAAAUAUCAAUAUGCAACACUUUAUUUUUAUAUUUUCUCUAAGUGCACAUUUUUCAAAUUGAACAUUUUCAAAUGAUCACUUCUAAGACAGUCUUGUGAAAUGACAAUAUCCCAUUUUAACUAGAUAGCCACUAACAUUUUUUAACAAAUCAUGAAUUACUUUGCACCAUGUUUGUACAAAUAAUAACUCAUGUAAAAUACAAAAGUAAACUCUCAAAUUUUUAAAUCAUGUCACACUUUGAACUGGACACCAAAUCUGUUAUCUGUUUCUUUGUCAGUUAGUGGGAAGCCUGGCAUUGCAUGCUGUUAACUAGUGUGUUGUACUCUGGUGUGUAACUUGACACUGCAACUCUGAGUGAGUCUUGCAGAUGUGCAUCAGUGAGGCGUGUUCUGUGUUUGUUCUUGAUGAAGUUCAUGUCAGAAAAGGCUGAUUCACAAAGAUAAGAUUUUUCCUCAUUGUUUGCGGAACCUUCUUAAUCUUUUGGACAUAUUUUCACAGCAAUCUGGCCUUAAGCUUAAUUAUGAUAAAUGUAAAAUGUUAAGGAUUGGAAAUCUAAAGGGAACGUCCUUUCGAAUGGAAUGCAAAGUGUUUUGUUUAUAAAUUAUAUGCAAUCUGUUGUGUUCUCUAAUUUUUUUCUGUGUACAUGAAUGAAGGUGUGUGUUGCUGAGUCCGACUUGGACAUUAUCUGGACUGGGCCUGGUUUAAAAACCCUUUAAAAAAAUCUAAUUUCAUUGACAACCUGGUCUGUUGAAGAUAAGGCCCUUUUUUAAAAAAUAAAAUAAAAUAAGAUAAAUAAAUAAAAAACAUUUUCUUGGAUAAAAAAGAAAGUAAAACAAUAUAAAUUACAUAAAAAAUAGUAAUUAAUGAAAAUGUUAGUGGACCAGCAGCCUAUACAAUCAUGUGUGCUUCAGGGACUGUGUCCCUUGCAGAUGUGUUGUCUAUGUUGUGGGAACCAGAAUAUUGGUAGCAGAAAGAAAUAACCCCUUUUGUGUGGAUGAGUGUGCAUGGGGGAGGUUGUUUGGGUUGAUGCACUGAUUGAAAGUGUAUCUUGUGUUUUUCUAUGUAGAUUUAAUUUAAAAAAAAAAAAAAAAAAAAAAUUUUUUUUUUUUUUUUUUUUUUUUUUUUUUUUUUUUUUAGAACAGGCCCGCAGGCGACUCAUCUGGUCCUUACGGGCGACCUGGUGCCCGCGGGCACCGCGUUGGU